AUGCCUCCUUGGCCUCGUGAUGUUUUUGUCACACAAAAACACAUCUAUGUAGCAGAAUCAGGAAGUUUUCGUGUCUUAAGAUUGUCAAAAAAGGGAUCAAAUGCAGUCGCCGUUGCCGGAGUCAUGAAUGAGGCUGCAAAUUUUUUCGAUUUGACGAAAAUUGGCCUUGAAGUGAAUCUAUUUGUUGAUAACAAUGAGAACUUAUAUGUCAGUGAUACUAUUAAUGGUAAAGUACUUUGGUUUCCAUCAAACUCAACCAGUGGUUUUCCCGGUGUCAUAGUCGCUGGAAGUACCAUGCCAGGAGAAGAUUCUUUACAUUUAUAUCGUCCACACGGUAUUUUCGUCAGUGAAGUUGGCACGAUAUACGUUGCGGAUGCUGGCAAUCAUCGAAUUCAAAGAUGGGGAAAAGGAGCAUCUUUUGGUGUCACAGUAGCAGGAACUGGAAAAGCCGGUAGCAAUUUGAAUGAACUAAAUUUGCCGACAGAUGUUGUCGUUGAUUCGAAAGAAUACAUGUACAUAGUGGAUGCUCUAAACAAUCGAGUUUUACGAUGGCCGCCAGACUCGGCAUAUGGUGAAUGUAUUGUGGCUUGUUCUGGUAGUUUUGGAAAUCAUCCUCAUAUGUUAAAAAUGCCGACAUCAAUGGCUUUCGAUAGCUAUGGAUCUCUCUUUAUUGUUGAUUCGCUGAAUUUUCGAAUACAAAAAUUUCAAAUUCUCGAAAAAUUUGGUAAGUAG